AUGACGGAAGAUCAACUCAAAAGCCUGGUGUUCGUGUGUGGCCUCAGGGAAGACGAAGACGCUGAAAGCCGUACUCGCUUUUUGUCUCGCAUCGAGGAAAAAUGUGAUAUCACUCUCGAGCAGCUGUCUGCCGAAUGCCAGCGAGUGGCUAACCUUAAGAAGGACAGUGCGAUGAUUGCUGAUUGCGGCGAACGUGUUCUAGCGGUAAAAAGCAAUCAUCAACGACGUUAUCCGUACCAGCCGCGGAAUCAGUAUGAGGGCACGUCUCAUUCACACUUCCAGUCGAGCACCAAUGGAAGGCGCACACAGCAGGGAUGGGAGAACAAUGAGAAGGCAAAAUACGACAAGCCUAAAAAUCCUUGUUGGCUGUGCGGAGAGCUACAUUGGAUGCGUGAGUUGCUCGAGCGAAAAUUCCCAGCCGUCUUCAAUGGUACGGGGCUAUGUACCAAGACUUGUGUCCAACUUCAGCUGAAGGAAGGUGUUCAUCCGGUGUUCUGUCCGAAGAGACCGGUCGCAUAUGCGGUGCAGGAUAUGGUCGAUAAGGAGCUGGAUCGAUUGGCGGAAAGAGGAAUAAUCUCUCCCGUAGAUUAUUCGGAAUGGGCAGCUCCAGUGGUAGUCGUCAGGAAAGCGAAUGGGAAUGUGCGACUCUGUGGCGACUACUCUACCGGAUUGAACUCAGCGCUUCGGCCUCACGAAUAUCCACUGCCCCUACCGGAGGACAUAUUUGCUAAAUUAGCACACAGUAAGUUAUUUAGCAAAAUUGACCUAUCCGAUGCAUUUUUGCAGGUUGAAGUCGACCCUCGCCACCGUCCACUACUCACCGUCAACACACAUCGUGGACUGUACACCUACAAUAGAUUGCCACCGGGAAUUAAGGUAGCUCCAGCAGUCUUCCAGCAGCUUGCAGACACUAUGUUAGCUGGAAUCAGCGGGGUAUCCUGUUACAUGGACGACAUAGUUAUCGGGGGCUCGUCAGAACAAGAGCACGAUGCAAAUCUAUCAGAAGUAUUGAGGCGGAUUGAAGAAUACGGUUUUACGAUUCGGGCUGAAAAGUGCGCUUUUAAGGUAAAACAGAUUCACUAUUUAGGAUAUAUAAUUGAUACAAACGGCAUGCGCCCCGAUCCUGCAAAAAUAGAGGCUAUUACGAGACUACCAGAGCCUACAGACUUGACAGGAGUUCGUUCAUUUUUAGGGGCUAUAAAUUAUUAUGGCAAAUUCGUGCCCAACAUGAGGGAACUGCGCUACCCCUUAGAUAGCCUUUUAAAAGCUGAUACGCCAUUCCGUUGGACCAAAGAAUGCAGGCAAUCAUUUAACAAUUUCAAAACGCUGCUCUCGUCAAAUUUGCUAUUGACACAUUACGAUCCAAAACAGAAUAUAAUAGUAUCUGCAGAUGCAUCCUCAGUUGGUCUGGGAGCCACUAUUAGACACGAAGUGCGACAGCCCUGGACGUCACCCGAGCUGUCCGUCGAGGGCGACCGUGUGACGGAGCGAAAGGGCCGCGCCAUCGCGGCUAGGGCACGACGGCCGUUCACCCGGGGCAUUCGGUUCUCGGGUGAUCAACGAGUGCGGUAA